AUGAAGGUCUCGGCCAUCCUCCUAUCGCUCCUUACCGCCGCCUCUGCGGUAUCUUCACGGUCUCUGUUUGGAGCUCAGAAUGCUCUCGUGGACGAGGAGCCCAAGUUCAAGGUCCCUGGCAAAAAUCCUCUAAAUUUCUGUGCCGAUCCCAAGGACUAUAUCCUAACAGUCGACUACGUUGACUUGUCACCCAAUCCACCUCUCCCGGGCCAAAAAUUGACCAUUUCCGCAAACGGAACCUUUUCAAAGGAUAUCGAACCAGGCGCGACCGUCUUUCUCCAAGUCAAAUAUGGGCUUAUUACCCUCAUCAAGCAAGAAGCAGAUCUCUGUGACAACCUGCCAAAGAUUGAUAUCACAUGUCCCCUCAAAGAAGGUGUCUUGACAUUGAAGAAAGAAGUAGAUAUCCCGAAGCAAGUGCCGCCUGGGAAGUAUACCGUUCUUGCCGAUGUCAAUACAGUUGACAAGGAAAAGAUCUCAUGCAUGGAGAGCACCGUCUUCUUCAGCAGACCUUAG